AUCUACGACACACAAGAAAACGGUGAUCAGUUGCGGCACGCUUUAGCUACGAAUUUUGUGCGUGGCUCGUGAUAAUCAAGCAUUCCUGAAAGUGCUAUACGCUAGUGCAUGAUGGAGGACACAGAUGAAUCAGCCGGGCCAUCGGGUGUUACUAGCAACGAACAAAUCAAAGAUACGCCUCAUCAGGAAGAUGAUGACUGUGUUUUGGACACGAGCCGCGCACCACCGGAGCCCAGCGGUCCUGAUCAACGGGAUGAUGAAGAAGGGCUUAACACGGACACACUAGAAGAUUCCAACGGUAUCGAACAAGAAAAUAGGACCGACGAAGAAGAUCAGGAAGAGGACGAUGAAGAAGGCGCGUUUGGCAUCAGUUUAUCCUCAUCUUCAUCUUCAUCGUUCGUAUCAUACCUUUGCGAAGAUGACGUAGAGUACGAGCCAGGCGAUUUGCGUCCCUGUAGCGUGGACGACCCAGAUUGCCCUUAUGCCGAAUGUGACGUGCACAAGGAGCUGUGCGAUAUCUGCCACACCUACUGCCUCGAACCGGACGACAGUGAGCAGCGUCGAUUUCAUCGCAUCAGAUGUAAAAAGGACAACUUCUUCGAAAGACAGUACGCGAUCGCAGUGGAACAAUCGUGCGACAAGGUGUGCGGCAUCUGCAUGGAACUUGUCAUGGAUAAGCGACCGCGCGAACAACGCUUCGGCAUACUGCCCAAGUGUAUGCACGUGUUCUGUCUGAAGUGCAUUCGCAACUGGCGCAAGGUGAGCACGCUGAAUCCAGCCGUGCGGCGGGGGUGUCCGAUGUGCCGCGUCGUGUCGUACUUUGUCUGUCCGAGCUUCGUGUGGGUGGAGAACAAGAAGGCAAAACGGAAGCUUAUCGCCGACUAUAAACGAUCCUGCCGUUCCAUCCCCUGCAAGUAUUUGCAGGAGUGCCGCGGUCCCUGUCCAUUUGGCAGGGGUUGCUUUUACCAGCAUACACGCAAUGGGACGAAUUGAACCGGGCCACGAUCAUCAAUCUAACGUGGAAACGAUAACAAUUUAUAGUCGAUGUUUUAUCUCUUAACAUCAAUCAAUCAAUCUCUUAAUGUUUUUGUUUGGUAUUGGUUUUGAUAAAGAAAUUUGUUAUAGAAAAACAUUAA